UCUCUCCCUCCCAGCGCUCAGUUCAUUGACCUUCUGUCUGUUUUCUGUCGAUCCUCUAAUGUGAAAGAGCUGAACGCUGAUAAACCACAAUGUCUUGGGUCUUCUGGAAUUUUCUCUGCUUGUUUCUAAUACACUGUGUGAGUUCAGAAGUCUUCCUCCACAGUCGAGAUGCCAGUCAGGUCCUGAGCCGGCGCCGGCGCGCCAACACCAUUUUCGAGGAGCUAAAGAAGGGAAACAUGGAGCGCGAGUGUGUUGAGGAGCGCUGCAGUUAUGAGGAGGCCAGAGAAAUCUUCGAGGAUGUUAAAAAGACGGAUGAGUUCUGGAACAAGUAUAUUGAUGGAGACGCGUGUUUGUCCCACCCGUGUCUCAACGGCGGCGAGUGUAAAGACGCGAUCGGACCGUACACGUGUUUCUGUCAACAAGGCUUUAAGGGCUACAACUGUGAGAUCGUUAUUCCUGCGCUCUGUGAGAGCGAAAACGGAGGCUGCGAUCAUUUCUGCAGGGUGGAGAAGAAUAACGUCGCCUGUUCGUGUGCUAAAGGCUACGAGCUGGCCAAUAACGGGAAGUCGUGUCAGUCUCAAGUUUCAGAUCCUUUCAAAUGUGGCGCCGUCCAUCCUCAGAAGACCAGAAGCCUCUUAAACAGCAUACACAUCAACAACACUGAGAAUGAAGAGGAGACCACCGCCGAGCCUGUCGUAGACGCCACGAACCCUCCUGUCAAUGACACAAACAGCAUGUUUGGCCUCUUCGAGCAGGAGAUCACGGAUACGGUGAAGGAGCAACCCAUUCUGGCUGAGUCCUCAUCAGGGGGAGACCGGAGAAUCGUGAACGGUGGGGAGUGUCUUCCUGGAGACUGUCCAUGGCAGGCUCUUCUCAUCAACGAAGAAAACAUCGGCUUCUGCGGCGGCACCAUCUUAAACGAGUACUUCGUUCUGUCGGCCGCUCACUGCAUGAAUCAGUCGCUCUCCACACGGGUGGUUGUAGGUGAGUUCGACACGCUGGUCAAAGAGGGUCGUGAGGUCACGCACGACGUAGACGAGAUUCUGAUUCACAAGAACUACAUGGCUGAGACCUACCACAACGACAUCGCCCUCAUCAAGCUCUGCAAGCCCAUCAGAUUCAGCAGAUUCAUCGUCCCCGCCUGCCUUCCGGAGCGCAACUUCGCCGAGCGCGUGCUGAUGCUCCAGGAGGACGGCUUGGUGAGCGGCUUCGGACGCGUGCGCGAGGGCGGCCUCCAGUCCACCUUCCUGCAGAAGCUGACCGUGCCAUACGUCGACCGCGCCAAGUGCAUCGAGUCCAGCAAGUUUAAGAUCUCCAGCCGCAUGUUCUGCGCCGGAUACGAUCAGGAGGAGAAGGAUGCGUGUCAGGGCGACAGCGGCGGGCCACACGUGACGCGCUACAAAAGCACGUGGUUCGUGACGGGCGUGGUGAGCUGGGGCGAAGGGUGCGCCCGGAAGGGCAAGUAUGGCGUCUACACGCAGGUCUCCAAAUACAUCUCGUGGAUCCAUAACACCAUGUCCAAAGUCAUGCCGCAGAUGGAAGCGUCUAUAAAACCCAAAGCAAAGCGGGAGCUCCUUCGGAAGACGCCUGUAAGCAGAGUCUGACGUCUUAAUUCGUGCUGAUUCAUCAAUGACAUUAUUCUGUUUUCUUUCAUAAUCUUUCAUACGCAUAUGUGACCACAAAACCAGUCAUGAGGGUCAAU